UUGUCAGUGGAAAACCUUCAAAUACAAAACAUGUGUAUAACAUAACCUCUAAUAGGAAUACAUUCAAAGCAUAACAAAUACUGCAAUCAUGGAAAUCCCGGAGCCCAAACCGAAAACCAAGAGGGAAAUCCGCAAAGACAACAAUGUUAAGAUCAGACAGGUCAAUGAAGUUCUCACAUACAAUGUGAAUCAAAAGAAAGUGUUGAGUAGAUAUCACAAAAAGCAGUUGUUGAAGAAGACUAAUGCCGCUAAGAGGGUAAAAAAAGGAUCAAAGAUUCCCGGCAGAGCUCCAGUCCCCAAAGGAGUUGUAAAGAAAUAUGAUAAAGGUGAUGGGGUUAGCACCAGAGGUAUAACCGGAAUAUAUCAGAAGGAGAAGUGGAAGAAUAAGGAAAAUCAGUUUAAGAAAGCCACAGAGCAAUCGGCUAGGGUUGAAAUAUUGUUAUCCGAGAAAGGAGGUGGAAUUGAAGCCGAUGAAGGUGAAAAGACUAAGGAUAUUAAGCAAAUCGAUAUUGUCAAGAAUGUUGAUGUAGCCUCAGCUGCAAAAUCAUUCGAGUUACAUUUGAAUGAAUUUGGGCCGUAUCAAGUGAAAUACACGCGCAAUGGAAAGCACAUGCUUUUGGCUGGAAAAUUGGGACAUAUGGCCUCUUUCAAUUGGUUCACGAAGAAGUUGGCUUGCGAAAUUAAUGUUAUGGAAUCGAUACACGACAUUUGCUACUUGCACGUCGACACGAUGUUCGCUUGCGCGCAAAAGAAAUAUUUGCACAUCUACGAUAACACGGGCACGGAAUUGCAUUGCUUACGUAAGAUUUCGAAUAUCAACAAGUUGGAGUUCUUGCCUUAUCAUUUCUUGUUGGCAGCUGGGUCUGAUUUUGGUAAAUUGCAAUGGCUGGAUGUGUCUGUUGGAGAAGUCGUCGGUUCCGUUCUGACUAAGCAGCAUGGUUUGAGCACAAUGGUCCAAAAUCCGUACAACGCUGUUCUUUGCACGGGAUCGACGAAAGGGGAUGUAGCCAUGUGGACUCCCAAUUGUCAAGAACCGGUAGCUAAAUUGUUCUGUCACAAAUCUCCAGUCACGGCGAUGGACAUAGAUCCUAGCGGUCUUUAUAUGGCAACAGCAGGAAGCGAUUUCAAAGUGAAGAUUUGGGACGCCAGGAAUCUGGAGAAAACACUUCAAGUGUACAAGAUUCCUUACGCCGCAAGCAACGUCAGCUUUUCGCAGACUGGUCUGAUGGCGGUGAGCAACCGACAGAAUUUAGAUAUCUACCGCGAUUGUUGCGCGACUGCGACGAGAGAUCAGUACUUGGUGCACAGGUUCAAACAGACCAUAACGAACAUGAAGUUCUGCCCGUUCGAAGACGUUUUAGGCGUUGGCACGCAAAAGGGAUUCACCAGUCUCUUAAUCCCUGGAGCCGGUGAAGCCAACUUCGACGCUUUAGAAUUGAAUCCUUAUCAGUACACGUCGCAGAGGAAGGAAGGCGAAGUGAAAGCCUUGUUGGAGAAGAUUCCUUACGAAAUGAUAUCUCUGAACCCGUCAGUGAUCACCGAAGUCGACGUUCCUACGAUGAAGGAACAGAUCGAGAUGAAACAGAAAUUACACUUUAUCAAACCUCCGCAAAUCGAUUACAAACCGAGGAACAAGGCUAAAGGAAAGGGCGGUUCCGUCAACAACGCGAGGAACAAGAAGAUUGCGCAGGAGAAGGUCAAGAAAGAUUUCUAUCAGAAACUUUCGGAACUCGAGGAAGGAGAGAAAAGUAACGAGGAGACGAAGAAAAGUAACGUUAAGGCUAACAAUCCAAUUUUACAACGGUUUUUAUAGUUUAAAAUAAUUAAAAUCUUUGUAUAAUUAG